GCUCGCCUGUGACGCAACACUCGCGCGACGUUCAAUUCUACCAAGUGACUACAACUAGAGAGCAAACCCCUUCGUUGAUAAGAAAGUGCGUCGUUCGGUUUAAAAAAGUCGUAUCGCAGUCUGAAGAGCGAUACGACAACAGUGGAAGCAGGAGCACGGGAGCGAAUGUUGAGAUAGGAGUAUAGAUAAAGGCUAGAUCCCUCACGGCGGAGUCUAGAACGUCAUCAAAGCGGCCAUCUUGCCACAGGCAAACUUUCUGGCAGUAUCUGUUGUACCUGAGGUAAGGAAAUUGCUGACUUUAUUGCCAGUGAAGAUGCCAGACUUUUGUGCAGCCUACGGAUGCUCCCAUCACCGUUGUCUCGAAACGAGAACCCGUGGGAUCACCUUUCACCUGUUUCCCAAAACUGGAGAGAGGAGGAGGAUGUGGGAGGCUGCCCUAAGAAGGGACUGUUUUGCUGCCUCUGACAGGACACUGCUCUGCAGUGAGCACUUCAGGAGAGAGGACUUUGACAGGACGGGGCAGACUGUCCGGCUUAAAGAUGGUGUUGUGCCAACCAUUUUCAACUUUCCAGCUCAUCUUCAAAGGACGCUAGCAACAAGAAGCAUAACCACUUCUAGUAGAGCGGAUGACAACCUGCCAAUGGACUUGAUGCCUGAUGUUGGAGCCACUGGAGAGAGGAGAUUGACGCAGGCCACUGACCACUUAUAUGCAUUGCCUGCUUCCCCUAAGGCUAUAAAGGCCAAACUUGAAGAAGCCUCAGCGAGAUUGAGGAAACUGCAGCGGGAGAAGAGUAAUGCCUUGAGGAGAGAAAAGAGGGCCAAGAACAGCAUGCAGGCCCUUCUGGAGGAAAGUGGUGAACUCCGAAGAGCAAUGUGCUGACCCAGAGCUGGACAGGAUUGGCAGCGACAUUGCGGAGGGGGGGGGGGCUGGACCUCAACCUCCAAUUUCAACCCAUCACUGCCUACAAGACGACAAGAAGGAGACGCUACGGCAGUGUCUCCUCGUGCUGGGGGAGAAGACGCUGCGGAAGAUGCUGCCUGAUGAGCUCAAGGCCACUUUCCAAGAUGCUGAGCUCUUCUAAGACUUCUCAUUCAAAUCAGUGCUGAUCUUGUUUGUUCGACCUUGAAGUUACAAUCGGGAAGAUUUCGGUGCCGGUUGUUUUGAUGAUGCCGCUGGUCAGUAAUACCACACCAGACACAGAGGGAGCAGUUAUGUCGGGAGAACAACAAAAGAGGAGCUGGUGUGCUGUAUAUAUUUGUAUCAGACUUAAGUCAAGUUAUUUGUUUAUUUUUUGUUUUUUUAUUUGCCUUUAUUUAACCAGGUUGGUCCCGUUGAGAUACAAUGACCUCUUUUCCAAGGGAAGCCUGGCCAAGACAGCAGCAUACAAAAAAAUGUCAACAAGUUGAAACUGGUAUGCUGGAAUCAGUUCUUCAUGUAUACAUACACUGAUUUACUCCAGGAUGACCGGGUCAUGUGGCAGUCAGUCAUCUGCUCCAAAACCUAUACAUCGAUCAGAUGGUUGCUGUGGACGAUCCAAUAUGCCGCCAUUAAAAAAAGUUACGGUAAUGGCCCAGUAUUUGUUUUGCCAAAGAUUUAUUUUUUCCGUGAGGGGUGAGGCAUUCAACUGUUCAGAGCACCCACAGCAACACAUAUCAGCACCUGUUGCUACAGGGGUUUACUUUAGCCAAGAAGGUAGCAUUUCAAUUUACUUGAACCACUGCACUUAAACUUUAUGGACUCUAUAUUCACAGCAGCGGCAGCAGGGUUGUACCCCCGGUGCACUUUACCAUGUCUUAUUCAGACCACAGUGGACUCUCUGUGCAGCAGGUAUAAUCGGAGCGGAGAGGCUGUACUGUAGCACUGUUUUGAAUUGCGGCCGGUUCAGCUCACCUCCACUUUGCGCUGACCCGCGCUCCUGACGAACCGCAGUGCCUACAGACACUGGCGUGAUGCAAUGAAUAGAUUUUGGAAUGGACACCUCCAGCUUUCUUUACCCGAGGCAGCCACUGUGUACACACCGCCUUGUUUCCGCACUCCUCUAACAAGCUGCAGAGAAAGCGAUGUGCUGAAUGAGGGAAGCAGGGGAGCUGCUGUGCUGUGAUCCUGAGCCAAAAGGAAAAGCGAUUUGUUCUUCGGCGGCAUUACUCAGUGUGUUUGUGCUAUUAGUUUUUUUUAAGGAGAUGAUUAAAAACUGUUAAAUGGGAAUAUUUAACCAAACAACCCUCUGUGUUUUCUUCUGCUACAGUCACUCAGUAUGACAUGGUUUUUUCUAACCAUUCAAUCUGUAUAAAGCAACAUGUUGUAUAAAGCAAACAAGUAGAGGCACUACUACCUGCAUUUUUAUUCCAGCAUACUUUGUGUGAAAUAAAAUCACUCUGC